AUUCAUCAAGUUUCCUCUCAGUGUUAAGGCACUCUGGUCUCUGAGUUCCAGGCUCUUACGUUUGGACAUACAUGGUUGGUGACUCAGUCUUUCAAUCAGAUCACACCAUGACAAUCAUCCUGAAAGAUUUAUCUAAUAGCAGUUAUUUGUGGGAGGGGUUUGAGGAUUACAGCGGCACGCCACCCACAGAAGAAUUUGAUUAUAGUCCCUGUGAGAUAAGCACUGAGACACUCAACAAGUAUGCUGUGGUCGUCAUCUAUGCCCUGGUCUUCUUGCUAAGCCUCCUGGGAAACUCCCUGGUGAUGCUGGUCAUCUUGUACAGCCGGGUCGGUCGCUCUGUCACUGAUGUCUACCUGCUGAACCUGGCCAUGGCUGACCUGCUCUUCGCCAUGACCUUGCCUAUCUGGGCCGCCUCCAAGGCAAAGGGCUGGAUCUUCGGCACACCCCUGUGCAAGGUGGUCUCACUCCUGAAGGAAGUCAACUUCUACAGCGGUAUUCUACUGCUGGCCUGCAUCAGCAUGGACCGCUACCUGGCCAUUGUCCAUGCUACACGCACGCUGACCCAGAAGCGGCACUGGGUCAAGUUCAUAUGUUUAGGCAUCUGGGCCCUGUCCGUGAUCCUGGCCCUGCCCAUCUUCAUCUUCCGUGAGGCCUAUCAACCACCCUCCUCCAACCUAGUCUGCUACGAGCACCUGGGUGCCAAUACAACGAAAUGGCGUAUGGUGAUGAGGGUCCUGCCCCAGACUUUUGGCUUCCUCCUGCCCCUGCUGGUCAUGCUUUUCUGCUACGGACUCACCCUGCGCACACUGUUUUCAGCCCAAAUGGGGCAGAAGCACCGGGCCAUGCGGGUCAUCUUUGCUGUCGUGCUCGUCUUCCUGCUCUGCUGGCUGCCCUACAACCUGGUCCUGAUCGCAGACACCCUCAUGAGGGCCCAGGUGAUCACCGAGACCUGUCAGCGCCGCAACGACAUUGGCCGGGCCCUGGACGCCACCGAGAUCCUGGGCUUCCUGCACAGCUGCCUCAACCCUCUCAUCUAUGUCUUCAUUGGCCAGAAGUUUCGCCACGGACUCCUCAAGAUCAUGGCCAUCCAUGGCUUGAUCAGCAAGGAGUUCUUGGCCAAGGAUGGCAGGCCUUCCUUUGUUGGCUCUUCUUCAGGGAACACGUCUACUACCCUCUGAGACCCCACAUGGGGCUCCUUGGUUCCCCUCAGCAUCAUCCCAAGCCCCAUGUCCUCUGGCCAUUCACAGUCCCAUGUCAAGGCAGCUCCCCAUUGUGGUUAUAGGAAGUUGCUGAGGCCAUGUCCCUAAUAGGCCCCCAUCACAUGGAUUAGACAGCCUGUCCUGGGCCCCACCUCUUGCUGUAAUUACCAUGUCAACUGAUAGAGCUUGGUGCAUCCUACCACUGAGCCCACAGUGCUCUAUCUUCUGGGAGACAUCCUUUGAAGAUAUUCUUUUCAGUGAUUACAAAAAGUUCCCACUAUUGGGAACCAUUAAUGUAGAACACCAUUUGUUACUUCCCUAGCUCUCCCUCUCCUUGCCUGCCGGCAAAGUCCCCUUCCCUUGAGAGAGGCUGAAAAUGACAGAAACUCAUUUUCCAAGAUUCCCUUAAGAUAGGAUUGGCCAUAUCAUCUUGAUCUGAUUUAUAAAACUUAAAAACAAUGAUGUGCUGGUAAAUCACUCUCCUGGUUGAGGGGAAGUUCUGAUUUGUAGCAUUUGCUAUGUUCUGUGGUAUAAAUAAAUGCUACCACCAUGGCUGA